UAGUUGUCUCUGGAGGUAGACUUCUGUAGCGCUCGCCUUUGACAGACCAAGAACAUCGUUAUUUUUAUUUCGCUGGAAGUGACGUCAAUACCGCGACUACGUUCAAGGUGUUGUGCAUCCGUUUCAGUUCAGUUUUCUCGUCUUUUCAUCCGCUAAAAAUGACGAGAUCGACAGCGUUAUUUUUGAUUCUCACUUACGCCUCGACGAUAUACUGCCAACAGCCUGGUGACCUAACAGAUUUGAUCAAUACGGUCUUCUCUACCGAGGGUCCAGGUGGCAACAAUAAUCCUUCUAGAGGCGGAAGUGGCGACAACGAUGGAGGGCUCAACUUAGAUCCAGGCACUGGAGGUAACACUGGUGGUAGCACUGGUGGUAUUCCCGGAACAGGACAGUGCAACUGCGUGCCUUAUUAUCUUUGCAACAACGGUUCUGUCAAUACCAAUGGGGAAGGAGUUAUUGACAUAAGAAUAAACGACGGACCGUGCGGCGACUACAUCGACAUCUGCUGCGAUAAAGAAAAAACAACCGACAACCCCAUAACUCCUCCACCGCGACCAGAAAAAAGCACCGGAUGCGGGUUCAGAAAUCCAGACGGCAUAGCUUUCAGGAUAACCGGGGACAAUGACAAUGAAGCUCAGUACGGUGAGUUCCCUUGGAUGGUUGCAGUUCUCAGAGAAGAGACUGUUCAAGGUUCAACUCAAGUCCUCAAUGUCUACCAAUGCGGUGGUGCUCUCAUCCACCCCAGAGUAGUCCUAACGGCUGCCCACUGCGUUACAGCAAAAGACAAGAGGUUCAAAAUAAGAGCAGGGGAGUGGGAUACCCAGACCAAAAAAGAAUUGUACCCCCAUCAAGAUAGACAAGUUCAGAGGGUCGUCUCCCACAGGGAGUAUUACGCAGGCGCCCUAUACAACGAUAUUGCCCUUCUUCUCUUAGAGAGUCCAGUAGAAAUAGCCGAAAACGUAAACGUUAUCUGCUUACCACCACAAGGAUCCGUAUAUGACUACUCCAGAUGUUACGCCAGUGGAUGGGGCAAGGACGUUUUCGGGAAAGAAGGAAAAUACCAAGUGAUCCUGAAAAAAAUCGAUCUCCCAAUAGUCCCAAGGGAUAAAUGUGUGGAUGAACUCAGAAAAACUCGUUUGGGUAAAUAUUUCGAGCUCCAUGAAAGCUUCGUGUGUGCAGGUGGUGAAAAAGGCAAGGAUACCUGUAAGGGAGAUGGGGGAAGUCCCUUAGUUUGCCCCAUUAAAGGUCAAACCGAAAGAUACGUUCAGGUUGGAAUCGUUGCUUGGGGUAUUGGUUGUGGGGAUACUAACACACCAGGUGUUUACGCGAAUGUCGCCAAGUUUAGGAACUGGAUAGAGGAACAAAUGAAUCUGCUCGAAGUUCAAGGAAAGCCUUUUGAGUAUUAGUGAAGUGUAGAAUUUUGAAUUUUGUUCGAUAUGUUGAAGUUCGUGAAGAUUGACGAGAGUAAUAUGUAUGUGUGAUUUCUUUGAUAAUUAUUUAGCGACGAAGAUUAUGAGAUUUAAUAAUGAUUAGGUAGAGGUCAAUUAUACUUUUUUUAAGACAUCAUUCUGUUUUAGUGAUCCGUUCAAGUGCCACGAUCUCCUGUUCAUAAUAACCUAUAAAAAUUAUGUUAAUUGUGCAAUAAAUUGGAUAUUUUAAUAGA